GUAAAUGUCCUUGAUGCCAACUACAGGUGAUGCCAAAAGUGAUGCCCGGUCUAGGAAAAUUGACAUCUUCACCCUGUAAUCAAAUAUUAAAAAUUUGUUAAAGGUGCUCUAUGUAAGUUUUUGACUGUACUAAAGCAUAAAAAUACCAUAAUAUGUUAGCCAGAUAUUUACCAGAUAUAUAUAUAUAAAAUACCAGAUAUUUAUUAAACAUGCUGAGUUCACAUAUUCGUUCCUCUGAAAACCAUUGCUACAGCCAGUUAUUUUACUUUGAAAUUUGCGUUCCGUGUCGGAAUUUAUGUUUUUGUUUUGGUCUGUGCAAGACCGCACGUUGCCCAUUUAUCCAAUAGUAUUUCGCCAACCCGGGUUGCCAGUUGGCGGGAAACACAUGCAGCUAAUUGCAGCCAUGGAAGCCAGCGAACAAACUCAGCAUCUAUCUAAAAAUCUCUAUGAAAGGGAGCAUAUUAAAUAUCAACUCAUCAUAAAUCAAUAAAUCAACUAAUUAUCUUACAGUGUGUAAGUCUCCACGCCUUCCAAUGUCAAUUGAGCUCGCUCCUGUUGCGUGUCUUCAAACUGGCAACCCGCGAGAGCGUCGAGUCAGAGGAGGAGGGGGCGGGGCAAACAAUAUUUUGAAUUUGGACUGCAGUACCCAUUUCAACCACUAGCUGUCAUUCUUACAAUAGAGCACCUUUAACUGUGAGCUUAUUGCGUAGCUGUUAGAGAUGCACCGAUAUUGAUACUUUCAUUUUUGGUAGGCUACUCGUUGAUACCGAUACCUGUAUUUUCAUUGCAUUUGUAAUUUUUAAAAUAUAUUAGGUAGAGAAACCAAAAGAAUAUGAAUCAUAUUCAUUGGUUUAUUUUAUUUUUUUAGAAAAUAUAUAUUUCCUUCAGUUCUUUUUAAACUUGAUUAUGCCUGUUAAAAUGUAUUGUACAAGCCUCUGUUACUUUCACUGUUCUUUCUAUUGCUCUAUCAUAUUUAGAGCUGCUUCAGCAGGGCUCAGUGUUAAGGAUUUUUUUCCUACUGGCCUGGUUGGGUCAGUGGUUCAAAUGUUUAGAUACCAGUGAAAUAUCACAAUUCUCUAUUACAAUUUUGAUUCUACAGCAAAAACUACUAGCCUAAUUAAUGUAAAUUUUAGAAAGCACAAAUAAAUUCAAUAGAACAAAGAUACAAAUGAAAUAAAAUAAUGCUUUUCAGAUUUUUCAGGUUGGUCUUACAAUUAAAUUACACAUUAAAUAACACUGCAUAUAAAUUAAAUAUAGAUUAAUUUUUAUUGAAGUCAUUCAGCAGUGAGUGAUUUCUUUGUUGUUUUAUUAACAUUAAAAACACAGCAGCAGGUUUAUUAAGCUGCCGUCACUUUAAGACCGAAUGCAUGGAUCAAGUAUAGGCUACUGUUACACAUGCAUUUUAUGUUUUCUGAGUGAAGAUCAGCAUUCAAGAGCAUGCAACAGAAGUGCUCUCUCGCUCUCUACCAUCAGUUAACGUUUCUACGUUAACUUGAUUUCUCACCACACCGGCUUCCCCACUUAGUAUCAUGAAUGCCUGCCGAAUCCAUGCGCUUCAUUUUUAAUAUAUCCUGCUUACUUUACGACUUAAAAUAGAACAUAACAGUUCAGGUUUCUGGGUCAUAAUACAUUUCAAAAUGAACGAGCAAUCAAAGAAUGCAAAACUAUAUUGUAUACUGUAAAUAUGAAAAGGUCCCGCAUGGUAAUAAUUAACAUCCUUACUAGGUCAGCAACCACUCACUUUUCUUCAGAACAUCAAAUUAAAUCAAACAUUUUGCACGUUUUGAUUUGGAGGCUGUUAGACUUUGGCAGUGAGCUCGACACACAUCAGCGACAAUAUAUAUGCUGUUAAUCUUUAUUCUUCAGAGAUAAAGCUUUAUAAAUAUUGAGGUUACUUCCUUGUUUUUAAACAUAUCAACAUGCUGCCACAAAAUCUGACCUGGAUCUCCUGUAAGUCAGUUUCUUUAUUUCAUUUAAGAAAGCAUAAUUUAAAUUUACUUAUAUUUUCGUUGACUUGCAAUGCGAAUUUGACACUUUUGAAAAUGACAGAUGUUAGAAUCCAAUGUUUUGUUUGAUUUUGCAGUGCUAAUUUUACUGUGCCAACAAGUUGUUGAAACAAAAAGAUAUUUCACUUGUGAAGGAGGCUCUGUUCAGCUCGACUGCUAUUGGGGAUACAUAAAGGUGGUUACAGCUAACUAUGGGCGAACUGACCACACAACAUGCUCCACCGGAAGAUCACUUGAUCAGCUCUCAAACGUUGACUGCUUCCAAGAAACAUCCGUCCGUAUGAUGUCCAUCCGAUGUGAUGGAAGAAAGAGCUGUUCUGUUCCUGCGGUGAACUCAGUUUUCUCUGACCCUUGUGUUGGGACUUACAAAUACCUGGAUGUGUCCUACUUGUGUCUCCCAUUAAGAAAAAGUGUCACUUGUGAAGGUAGCCAAAGUCUCAUUGACUGUGGUAAUGGUGUGAUUCGGAUUCAUUAUGCAAAUUACGGACGGCGGGAUCUUGUAAUCUGCCCUCAUAAAUUAGCAACUGCAGACUGUUACUCUCCCCAGACCAGCAGCCUGCGUUCCAGUUGCAAUGGGAAGAAGUCUUGUCAAUUAAAUGCUUCAAAUUCUGUCUACUCUGAUCUGUGUCCGGAUGUCCAUAAGUACUUAGAAGUGACGUACAGCUGUAUAUAAUAUUAGAGAGUUUGAAACCACUGGAAGAUAUGGAUAUUCAAUAACUGAAGCUUUGAAAUGAUUGGAAGAAAGUUGUUUUGAAGUCACUUUUUUGUGUUUGACUGUAAAGUUUAUGUUGCAUAGUAUUAUUUAUCAUAUAAUUGCAAAAGACUAUAUAAUAAAAUUCACUAUUUUUGCUGUUGUUACCUUGAUGAUUCAUUUUGAAUGAUUGUACUCACUGUAAGACCAUGAAACAUUCUGAUAAAUAUAAUAGAGAUGCUGAAAAUGACUCCAGCGUCGUUAUCUGUCCUUCAUUGUAACCGAUUUCAAAUGGUGCUAGAAACCCCAAAAGACUCUGAACACCAAAAGAAAUCGGUCAACCUUGGGUAGAGGACACAGGUCUUGAAGUCAAAUAGGAUAUAAGAGGUUUACAGUUUAAAGCAUGAAUGUUGUCAGUUUUCAAGAUAAAAAGUGAUGCA